AUGCAGCAGUGUACGACAGUGGCAGAGGAGGGUGAUCAUGGCUUGCUUCCAGAGACUCUUUCAAGCUGCCCCUUGGAACAAGCUGCCCCUUGGAACAAGCUGCCCCUUGGAACAAGCUGCCCCUUGGAACAAGCUGCCCCUUGGGACAAGCUGCCCCUUGGUACAAGCUGCCCCUUGGAACAAGCUGCCCCUUGGAACAAGCUGCCCCUUGGGACAAGCUGCCCCUUGGUACAAGCUGCCCCUUGGAACAAGCUGCCCCUUGGAACAAGCUGCCCCUUGGAACAAGCUGCCCCUUGGAACAAGCUGCCCCUUGGAACAAGCUGCCCCUUGGGACAAGCUGUCCCUUGGUACAAGCUGCCCCUUGGAACAAGCUGCCCCUUGGGACAAGCUGCCCCUUGGGACAAGCUGCCCCUUGGUACAAGCUGCCCCUUGGAACAAGCUGCCCCUUGGAACAAGCUGCCCCUUGGAACAAGCUGCCCCUUGGAACAAGCUGCCCCUUGGAACAAGCUGCCCCUUGGGACAGAAGAGAUCAAUUAG